AUGCUGGACAUCAGGGACGGACUGAGGAAGUACCGCGACAGGGUCCCAGAGGACGUCGGUGCACCCGGCUCGUGGAGCGUGCAGGGAGGAGACGCGGGUGAGACCAGCGACCCCGCGAGCAAAGAAGUGUUGGACGAAGCAGCUGGGCAACAGCUGAGUGGUGGUUGCUUCUGCGGGCAGGCCUCUUAUACAUUCUCUGCGACCGAUGUCCUCAGGACGGCGUACUGUCACUGUACACAAUGCCAAAAGCUUACUGGCUGCCCAUUCAUCCAUACCAUCCAUCUCCGUUCUUCUGCCGUCUCAUUCGCACUGCCGUCAUCCGCCGCGACCGCUCCUACUUUGUCUUCGACCAUCUGCGCUUCGGAAAUCGAACUCAACUCGCUGCCGCACGUACUGCGCGCAUACAACACACCAUUGAAACCGCACAAGACACGCCUACGCUGCACGACGUGCGGGACGUGUGUGGCAUCAAUGAACAGCCUGACGGGGACGACGUCCGUUUGGGGUGUCCACCUCGCACGUUCGCCCAGCGGACGGAUUUGCGAAUGGGAUAAGGUCAAGCCGACUGCCCAUAUAUUCUAUGGUACACAGUUGGUCGAUAUCAAGGAUGUAUUGGGCAAAUGGUCAGGAUAUGAGAACAACAGUGACAGACUGGAUGUGUAG